AUGACGCAGCCCCUCGUCGAGUCUGAAGGCGCUGUACCGGCGUCCUCGACGCCCACAACUGCUUCUUCCCCAUCCGCCGCCACUUCGUCCAGCUCGGGAAUCCGAGUCCAGGCAGGCAGUGGGGGGCUGUCACUCCAGCAACAGCAGCGUCUCGCUGCGCACAGCCACAUCAAAAGUUUGGGGCUGCAUGCGGACGGCACCGCGAUGAAGACUGGCGGCGGAAUGGUUGGCCAGGAAAAGGCCCGCGAAGCUGCUGGUCUCGUCGUUGAUCUCAUCAAAACCAAGAAACUCGCCGGUCAGGCCUUGCUCUUUGCGGGCCCCGUGGGGAGCGGCAAAACGGCUCUUGCUAUGGCGAUUGCGGCCAGCCUAGGCCCCGAGGUUCCCUUCGUCCCUCUCUCGUCGUCGUCUGUUUACAGCAGUGAAGUAAAGAAAACGGAAGUUCUGCUUGAGUCUUGCCGGAAGGCGAUCGCCCUAAGAAUUCGCGAGGUGAAGGAGGUCUACGAGGGGGAAGUAGUCGAAGUAGCAGCCGAAGAAACGGAAAACCCACACGGGGGUUUCGGAACGGUCAAGCGCGUGGGCCGAAGCGAUUCUCACUCCACCGAGUUUGAUCUCGAAGUUGAGGAGUACGUGCCGGUGCCCAAGGGCGAGGUUCACAAAAGGAAAGAAGUCGUGCAGGUUGUCACUCUCCACGACCUGGAUGUCGCCAAUGCGAAGCCUCAGGGAGGAACCGAUAUCCUUUCGGUUAUGGGGCAGUUCCUGAAGCCCCGGAAGACGGAAAUCACGGAGAAACUAAGGAGCGAGAUCAACAAAACAGUCAACAAGUAUAUCGACCAAGGAAUUGCAGAACUCCUCCCAGGCGUGCUCUUCAUGGAUGAGGUUCACAUGCUGGAUAUUGAGUGCUUCACCUUCUUGAACCGAAUCCUGGAGUCGCCUCUCAGCCCCAUCAUCAUCUUUGCCACAAACAGAGGGGUCUGCACAGUUCGAGGAACGGAUUCAAUCGAACCGCACGGCAUGCCUGUCGAUCUCUUGGAUCGCCUCCUCAUUGUCAAAACAGUCCCCUACUCGAUCUCAGAGGUGAUCCAAGUCUUGAAAAUCCGCUCUCAAGCGGAAAAUGUUCGCCUCUCGACAGAAGCCCUUGAACUGCUCGGCGAAGUCGGCAGUCACACGUCUCUGCGCUACGCGCUGCAGCUCUUGGAACCUGCCAGAAUUCUCGCGGAAGUGGAGGGGCACGAAGUCGUGGAAAGAAAACACAUCGAGGACGUAGACGCCCUCUUCCUUGACUGCAAAUCGUCUGCGCAAAGAUGUGCAGAAAUGCGCGACGUCCUUGUCAGCUAG